AUGGCGACUUUCGAAGAGCAAGCUGCGAGUGCUGUAGCGAACGAUGUGGUGGCAGGAGUCGUGGUGAUUGCCAAGGAUAAAGAUGGGAAACUCGACUAUUCUAAAUCCUUUUCGCGCAAGAAUGGCACAGUUUAUAAUGAAGAUACUGUGCUGGCAUUGGCAUCGAUGUCCAAACUAAUGACUUCAGUCGCCGGCCUGCAAGUCGUUGAAAAGGGGCUCAUCACAUUGGAUGAAGAUGUGACACCCCUGCUCCCUUCACUAGCUAAGCAGGAGAUUCUGACCGGAUUCGCGGACGACGGAACACCUAUAACGCGUAAACGUCAGAACCCUAUCACGCUACGUCAGCUACUCACGCAUAGCGCGGGCCUUGGUUAUCCCUUCAUGCAUGAAGAAGUAGCUAAGUUUGUGGCCUGGAAAAAGUUGCCCCCGAACGCGGGAACGGUUGAUGAGGCAUUUGAUGCGGUUCUCCUUUAUGAACCAGGAGAGGGAUACCUCUACAGCAGCAGCAUUGACCGCGUCGGACAGGUCAUCGAGAAGGUCACCGGCCAGAAUCUCGAGGACUACAUGAGGCAAAACCUCUGGGGACCAUUGGGAAUGGACAGCACCACAUUCUUCGCGGCCAAAUACCCCAACAUCCAGGCGCGGCGAGUUCCCACGGCAAUUCGCAGGGACCCUAAGGGACCAAUAAUCGAGUCAUCUGAUGAACCAUGGUACACCGCCGGGGUCAAGGAGCCCUUCGGUGGGCAAGGCAUUUUUUCUAGUCCAGCUGACUAUAUGAAGUUGCUGUACUCACUGCUCGUGGAUGACGAGAAAGUGCUCAAGAAGGAGACGGCAGCGCUGAUGUUCCAGCCCCAGCUAUCACCUAAAGCUAAGGAGUCUCUGCUCGAGAAGAUGAAGAAACCCGACUGGCUUAUAGGAAAAUACACACCGACUAACGAGUAUGACUGGGGUGUGGGCGGAAUUUUGGUCGAUGGUGAUAAACAUGAGUUCCGCCGUGAAGGGUAUCUGAAUUGGGGUGGUGCCGCCAAUCCAUUUUGGUUUAUCGACCGUGCUGCUGGUGUUUGCGGUGUCUUCGGUAUUCAGCUCCUGCCGAUAUUUGACCCUCCGACGGAGGAUUUGAUCGCGGCUUUUGAGAAGGAAGUAUACCAGAAAGCAGGGAAGCUGUGA